UAUCUUGCAUUUUCUUUCUCUUCUCAUCCCUUUAGCUCAGCCUUUUAGGCUUUAUUUUUUUUUUUUAUUAAUUUCGCUUCAUCCCUUGAAAUCUCAAUCUGUUAACGGCGGCUGCUCCACUUCCUCUUUCUCUUCUUACAUAAUCUUAAAAUCUGUCUCUUUCUCUUUCGGUUUCUUUGAAAGUUUCGAUCUAAUUAAAGAAAGGAUCUUUUCUUUUUGUUUUUUUGGAUUUUAAUAUAUUGUUAAAGAACCCGCCAUGGUAGCGGCUACACAACAACAACAGCAACAGCAGAAACAGGCUGCGGAGGCGGCGGCGGCGGCGACGGUGUCUGGGGCUACUAAAACAUCGGCUGAAGAAGAGGCCUUGAAGAGGAACACAGAUUGCGUUUACUUUCUUGCUUCCCCUUUAACCUGCAAAAAGGGAAGUGAAUGUGAGUAUCGUCAUAGUGAAUAUGCCCGGGUUAACCCAAGGGAUUGUUAUUACUGGUUGAAUGGUAGUUGCCUGAACCCGAAAUGUGGAUUUCGGCACCCUCCGCUUGAUAGCUUGUUGGGAACCCAAGUAGCCGCUCCAGCUGGUUCUUCAUUGCACACAGCAGCCACACCAACACCUGCUAGUCAUACACCUUACAGCCAGGGUGCCUCUCAUAGUUCCAGCACCAGCAAACAAGGAGUGCCAUGUAUUUUCUUCCAAAAGGGGCUUUGCUUAAAAGGUGACAAAUGUGCUUUUUUGCACGGUCCAACUACAAGUAAUGAAGCCCCACAACCAGCAACAACUACUACUGCUUCUAAGCCUCAUUCUUUGAAAAGGGGUUUUGGUGCCCUUGAAACAUCUCAGUUGCAGAAGUUUCCCCCAACUAAUGUUGCAAAGACGGUUGGAGUACCUCAACGUAAACCUGCUCCAAAAGUUGAAGCUCCUCUUGCUAGGACUGGUACUGGACCUGAGAGAAGUGUGCCACGUCUGGCAGGCUUGGAUGAGGAACUUCCUAGACACAAAGUAAAUACUACCUCAGUUAUUAAUGGUGGUUCUGUGGGCAGUUCCCAUCGCUUGCAUCAGGCCCAUGCUUCAGAUGAACUGAGUUUUCAUGGUGGUAAGGACACUGAUGAAUUUUUGAGGGAGUCUUCUCCUGGUUUUGAUGUUCUUGUAGAUGAUGAGCUCAGAGAUUCUGAUUUUUACCAUGGUGAAGAUCAAUAUGGAGGUACGAGAGGACAGGAGGGGAGGAAUGUGAGUGAAUAUGACAUCAGUCACUCUGCUACUUUUGAUGCCAUGACUGAUGUUGAUAGAGAAAGGUUUCAUGAUGCACGAGGCUGUGAUUCAUUUGACCAUGUGCAAGGGAAUUAUGGUUGGGACCAACAGAGGGCUUCAUCUGAGAGGAUAUCUUUAGGACCAUCUGCUCUGGAGACAAGGGGUUACUCAAGAGCUGGUAAUCCUGAUCAUAUUGAGGAGUCAGAUCUACGACAUCGUUUAUCUAAGCGUAGGAGGGUUAGUGGUGUGAGAUCUGUUCUCAGUCGUGAUCAUGCUCUAGAAAAUCAUGAAGGGGAGCGAAAUUACCAGGGUUCUCGUAGAGACUCUGACCAUUUACCUCCCCAUGAGAGUUCCUUCAGCAGUCAUCUUCAGGGUAGAAUAAAGCUUCCUGGGAGAUCUCUAGUCAAUGGGACUGAUUUGCGUUCUGAAAUAGAGAUAGAAAGGGGGCAAAAUUGGGGCCACCUCUCACCGGGAAAGCCACAAACCUAUUCUCACCAGGGGAGGCUCCGUGACAGAAUAAAAGGAAGGAUAGAAGGGGAAUUCAACAAUAAAGAAGGUCAAAAUUUUGGGGUUUCGAGGAUUAGAAGAGAAGUAAUGGAUGAGAGGAAUGCUGAUUUUGCAGGUCCAAAAAGUCUUGCAGAGCUGAAAGUUGGGAAGAAUACUGGUAAUAGGGAGCACCAGUCUCUUGGAAAUCGAAAGAGCAUAGGGGAUUAUCAACAAACUGAAGGUGAUCUUUCAUUCAAAGGGCCAAUGACUCUAAGUGAGAUUCUGAAGAGAAAGAGGCAAUCUGAAGCUGCAGCUUCUGGGAGUGGUAUAGCAGCUGUAAAUAAAGAUGUUAACCAGAAACAAUCUACUAACACAGUAGUAUCAGCAGCACCGGAAGAGGCCAACAUAAAGGAAGAAUCCAAGUCCACAACUGCAGGCAUUGAAACAACAGAAGUUACUAAUGGUGAAUCUUCUCAACUGUGCAACAUAAGUGAACAUGAGGCUGACAAUGGGAUCAUUGCUGAUGAGACAAUGGAAGAUCAUGAGCUUGGGGCAGAUGACCAGAGGGAUGCAGAUUAUUAUUAUCAGGGUGAUGAAGGGGAAUAUAACUAUGAGGAGGAUGAAAAUGUGGACCCUGAAGAGGAAUACAAUGAGGAGGAAGAUGGUGAUGACUUUGCAAAGAAGCUCGGUGUCAUCUUUUCAUGAGUAGUGGGGAGAUGAGAUAGUCAUAUAGACUAGUUGCAGCUUUUCCCUAUGAUUAUUGUGGUUUUGUGGAGGGCCUUCGAAGCUUAUUUAUGUUGCUUCUUUCUGAUCAAUUAUGGGAAUUUCAAUGUAGAAGUAGGGACAGUAAGUUUUAUUCUUGAAUUAAAUCAAAACUUUCUCAUAGUAUUUAAAAACUGAUUGAAUAGGGAUUCUUCUUAUGCCUGAGGCCUUUUCUUGUGCCCA